GUGUCGUGUGCUGGAGCGUGUUUAACCACGGCCCGUCUCGCAGGAGAUAGACUAGCGCUAAUCAGCAUAUGGUUCCCUAAAAACAUUCAUCUGUGGGCGGGUCUGUCAGACUUCCCUGCGCUGUCGCUUUCGACUGUAUCUCAAUCAGCAGCUGUACGCGCUUAUAACUUGCUCCUGACGGACCCGACCUGGCACUAGCGCGGACACCCGAGAGACUGCUCCGGACCAUGAGCGUCAGCUCGACGCGCAGCAGCAGCGCGGAGGACCUCGACGAGCUGGAGGCCGUCAGCUGGUAUCAUUAUGAUUUGUCCCGGCAUGCAGCUGAAGCUCUUCUCCUUUCAAAUGGGGUGGAUGGGAAUUUUUUACUCAGAAACAGCAACAAAGGACCUGACUGCUUUGCUUUGUCUGUCCGAGCAAAGGAUUCAGUGAAACACUUUCAUGUCCGGCGGCAGUUUGGCAAAUAUUCCUUUGGCUUCAAUGAAUUUCCUUCCCUUCAGGAUUUCUGCAGUCACCUGGCCAAUCAGCCCCUGCUGGGCAGCGAGACGGGAAACCUGAUAGUGCUGCGCUUCCCGUACCCACGGCAGGUGGAAGAACCGUCCAUUUAUGAGACGGUGUGUGUGCAUACGGCCAUGCAGACAGGCCGGCAUGAAAACGACCUAGUGCCUAAUGCUCCAGCACUUGGCACAAAAGAGGGUUAUCUGGUUAAACAAGGAGCAAUCAUCAAGAACUGGAAGCAGAGAUGGUUCACGCUGAAUAGAUAUGAACUUAAAUAUUUUAAAGAUAAAAUGUUUGUAGAGCCAAUAAGAACCCUGGAUCUGACCGAGUGUUCUGCUGUGCAGUUUGAUUACAGUCAGGAGAGGGUUAACUGCUUCUGUCUGGUGUUCCCAGAGAGGACGUUUUAUCUGUGCGCGAAAUCCGGUGCCGAGGCAGAUGAAUGGAUUAAAAUACUACGAUGGAAACUGUCACAGAUAAAGAAAAGACGAUGAUGUUCAACAUGGGGAGGAGCUGUGCUCUAUUUUAUAUUAGUAAAACACAGAGGAUUCAUUGAUUGCAUCUGAUGCAUCACGCCUGAGAGAUCUUUUGGGCAACGAAUAACACAAGUUUUUACAUCUAAGAGAAGCGCAGUGCCAAGCCACCAUGCUACUGUGCUUUAUAAACGUAUCUGGACGUAUCUACCACAGAUGAAAAUUAUAAUUGAAGUUUUUUUUUUUUUUUUUCUCCCAUAUUGUGUUCUGUGUCAGGCUUACAGUUCUUCUCAUUCUUUUUCAACCCAAGUUUAACAGCCUGUCUGCUUUUAAACAUACUGGACGUACGUUCUCUCUUUUAUACAUGCUUGCAAUUUAGUUUGUUGAACUUUGCAUGCUUUUUCGAGAAUAGAGAGCUGCUGUAAUUACAUAUUUUUGUAAAUAGUUUCCUAGCACCCUGGUUCCUCGUUUGUUCAUCACAAUAAGCUUUAUAAAUAAACACAAAGUAUGAACUUUACAUUUUAAUUAUAAUCACUGGAAUAUUAAAAGACAUCACCCUUACUAGGCUUCUGACAAGUCCUUCAGUCUCUAUUUAGCAACAGAAGUGGGAUUUUUAUAUAUAUAUAUAUAUAUAUGACGAGGUUGUGAAUGCAGACUAGUGAUGAGAUGAGUUUACCUGUUUGGAUUAUUGACAUUCAAUAUCCCCUGUAAUGUUUGUAGACCAAAAAAUAAAAAAAAUACCCACAAACCUUAUUUCAAGAGUUUAACCAAAAAAACCCACUGACUUCAUUAAAUGAUAAAAUGCUACUUCUAAUAUGGUGUGUUAACUAAAAAUGAACACUUGUGCUGUUUAGAAACAUGUACAUAGCACCUGUUUUUAAACCAAGAUGUAUUGUAAAAAAAAUAUUUAAAAAGUCAUGAAAUAAAACUUAUUUUUGUAAACCAAAGCUUUAGACAAAUUUAUUAAUCAGGAGACAAACAGGAGCGGGUUACAUUCAUAAAAGACAUACAGCAUCAAGACCAUCCAACAUUAUGUAUGUACAUGUGUGUGUGUGUGUGUGUGUGUAUGUGUGUGUGUGUGUGUGUGUGUGUA